AUGGUCCUUGAUCCACUCAGCUCACUGUCUCUGGCAUGUACAGUGUGCCAGUUUCUUGAAUUCUCCGGCACACUGUUCUCCAAGUCUCACAAAAUCUAUAAAAGCGCCACAGGAUAUGACGAAGACACCGAUUCUUUAUUUGGAAUCACCAAGGAUCUGCGGUCUUUGACAGAGAAAUUGGAGAUACCCAUCGAUUCGAAGUCUCUACCCGCCGAAGAAACCGAGCUCGCCGAUCUUGGCGACAAAUGCAAACAAACUGCCGACGAGCUUCUUCUGGUUCUGAAUGAUCUGCAGGACAGCAAAACUUCAAGAUGGAGCAGUUUUCGAGCAGCGCUGAGAACAGUGUGGGCACAAGAUCGCAUCGAUGGAAUGGCUAGGAAGCUUGAGUCAUAUCGAUCACAGCUUAUCCUCCGUUUGACAAUAAUGCAGAGUGGCAGCAAUUUACGCGUGAUGAACAAAUUGCUUGAAAUAAAUCACCUCAUCCGGGCUGGAUUGGCACCAUCUAUCGAAGACCUGAGAAUGACAAUGAUGGAUUCGAUGGAGACACUGAGAGCAGACUUCGAAAGGCAAAGCAAACUUUUUACGCUUGCUCUAGAGGAAGAUAGAAACGAGAAAACCAAGCCUCAGCUGCAGUUGGAUCGACAGCAAGAAAUCCAACAACUGGGAGCGCUCCAGCCGGUCGAUAUCAACGCAAUUACCCAGAAAAUACAGAGCACUGCUCUUGCCACUACUUGUCUAGCAACCGAAUUAUUCAUCAUGCGAAAUCUUCGCUUCCACGGUAUGGAGUUGCGUCGGUCUCAGGUUUCAGAGGCUCACAAGCGCACGUACAGUUGGGCUUACAUGUCUAAUUUCUCCGAAUGGAUGGUUUCUGAGGACCCUCUGUUUUGGAUAAGCGGGAAGCCUGGAUCAGGCAAAAGUACCUUGAUGAAGUACCUAGUCAAUAGCCCCGAAACAUCCGCUUAUCUACGGAAAUGGGCAGGGAAAAAGAAGCUGGUUAUCAUAGACUACUUCUUUUGGAUCAAUGGUUCUGAUAUUAAUCGCUCACAGGAGGGUCUACUCCGAUCCUUGCUAUUUGACAUCUUUCAAAAGUGCCUCGGCCUCAUUCAAAAAGCAUUUCCGGAACGAUGGAAUGAAGCUGAAAACCUCAGUCUUGAUCUCAAGAGAUCCAUGAUAUCCUGGAAUCGCCAGGAGUUAUUAAAUGGCUUGCAAAAUAUCACCAAGCAGACUUCCUUGUCGAAUGCCUUUUGCAUUUUUAUUAAUGGGCUCGAUGAAUAUGAGGGCGAGCACGAGGACUUGAUCAACAUACUUUCCAAGAUGGCACAUACGUCACCCAUCAAGAUCUGCGUCGCAAGUCGGCCUUGGAAUGUUUUUGAAAAGGCUUUAGGUGCCGAUCUGACCCGCAAACUUUACUUGGAGAACCUGAAUAGGCCCGACAUCGAGCUCUACGUGAAAAACAAAUUGCUGGACCGCCCUGACUUUCAAGCCUUGGCAUUGUCUGAUCCAUAUGCCAUAGAGCUAGUCUCAGACAUUGUUCAACGAUCCAAUGGCGUAUUUCUUUGGGUAUAUCUAGUCGUACUUCUAGUGAAACAAGGCCUACUCAAUGAGGAUAGGCUCGUGGAUCUGAAGCGUCGCGUGAGUGCCUACCCGGCCGACCUCAACGACUUUUUCAAACAUAUAAUGGAAUCGCUAGACCCAUUCUACCAGGCCCAGAUAGCGACCGGGUUCUCUGUGGCAUUGGCAGCGAAGGAACCGCUUUCAAUCGUCAGUUUCUGGUACCUUGAUGAACUGGAGCUGGAUUCUCAAAUUGCCAUCGUCAAGAAGAUUGAUGAGCCGGCGGUGAAAAAACUCAGACUGGAAAGUUUUUGGAAAGAUGAGAGUCGGAAAAUGGAGGCACGGCUUAAUGGACGGUUCAAAGGACUUCUAGAGAUUGUGAAGAGGCCCAAGUGGGAAGCUCCUUCGGACAUCAUGGUCGAAUUCCUCCAUCGGACGAUGCGAGACUUUCUCAUUACGGAAGACUGCCAGCGAGUAUUAAAAGAAUGGACACCUGCCGGCUUUGAUGCCCACUCUGCAAUUUGCCAUAUUCAGCUCGCCGAGGCGAAAGAGCUGCAUCCGAAACUUGCUGAUUUGGACACUUUGAAGCGGCUAACGGAGGGUAUAUUUUACUCUGCACAGCAAUUCGAGAAAUAUCACCAGAAGUCGCUCAACAACGUGCUUGAACAUCUUGACCGUACAAUUGAGGGCUAUGGUUCAGGGAUGUCCCUCUGGGAGGAGUUGGAAGUUAGAAGCUUCACCAUGUACGCCGUCAUGAGCAACCUGACCGGGUAUAUCUCGCAUCUCCUUGAGACAGGCAAUCUCAGCAAGGUGGAGAGAUUGAGAUGUCUUCGGAAAAUCUUCGACACGACGAGAGAUCUAAGUGCAGAUGUUUUGCACGACCCGGACCCAAAGAUAGAAGUAGUUGCAAGUCCCCUCAACAUGGUCCUCCUUCUGGCGGACAGGCAACCUUUGACGAAAAUUCCAUUUAACAAGAUAUUUACUGGGCUGGAAUUAUACGAUACAUCGACCGUCCGCCUAGAGUCAGAAGACUCACUACCCCGUGGGAUGUGA